AUGACCCCUGCGGGGCGCAGAGGGGUGGUGGGUCCUGGGUCCCGGAGCAUAGUAGGGAGGAAGCGGGUGGCGGGAGACACGGCAAGCAGCAAAGCACAAGGGAGGACAGGCAGCCGGCUGCGCUCGCCCAGACUCCACGCCGUGGAUGAGUUCUACACAGUCGAGGAUGAAGGGGCCAUUGCCAAGCCCUCCGUGAAGUUUAACCUCCGCACCUCUGUGGACCCAGAUCACGAAGGAUGUUACUUCUUCCUUGGCCACAACCAGUCCUUAGAAGAUUGCGGUUUCAACAUCACAGCAAAAACCUUUUUCAUCAUUCAUGGAUGGACGAUGAGCGGCAUACUGGAGAGUUGGGCGUUCAAACUUGUCUCAGCCAUUCAUACAAGAGAGAAAGAGGCCAAUGUGGUGGUGGUUGACUGGCUUUCCCUGGCUCACCAGCUUUACACAGACGCAGUCAAUAACGCCAGGAUGGUGGGCCACAGCAUCGCCACAAUGAUCAACUGGCUGCAGGGGAAGGAGGAUUUUUCCCUUGGAAAUGUUCACCUGAUUGGAUACAGCCUUGGCGCACAUGUUGCUGGAUAUGCUGGGAGCUUCGUGAAUGGAAAAGUGGGCAGAAUCUCAGGUUUGGAUCCAGCUGGGCCCAUGUUUGAAGGGGUGGACAUCCACAAGAGGCUCUCCCCAGAUGAUGCAGACUUUGUGGAUGUCCUCCACACCAACACGCGCUCCUUUGGCUUGAACAUUGGCAUUCGGAUGCCCGUGGGCCACAUCGACAUCUACCCCAACGCCGAUGACUUCCAACCAGGCUGUGGAUUCAAUGAUGUCUGGGGAUCAUUUGCAAUUGGAACCAUCCCAGAGGCUAUGACGUGUGAACACGAGCGGGCUGUGCACCUUUUUGUGGACUCUAUGGUGAACCAGGACAAGCCGAGCUUUGCCUUCCGGUGCACAGACUCGACCCGGUUCAAAAAGGGCAUCUGUCUCAGCUGCCGGAAGAACCGCUGUAACAGCAUCGGCUACAACGCUAAGAAGAUAAGGAAUAGGAGGAACACGAAAAUGUACCUAAAAACCCGAGGGGACAUGCCUUUCGGAGUGUAUCAUUAUCAGUUGAAAGUUCACAUCUUCAGCUACAAGAACAAGGGAAAGGUCGAGCCUACCUUUCACAUCACCCUCUACGGCACCAACGCUAAUUCGCAGACUCUGCCUUUGGAGAUAGUGGAGCAGAUUGGUCUGAAUGCCACCAACACCUUCCUGGUCUACACCGAGGAGGACUUGGGGGACCUCUUGAAGGUCAAAUUCACCUGGGCAGGGACAACUCAUUCUUGGUACAACCUGUGGACGGAGUUCCGGACCUACCUGUCUCAACCCCACAGUCCUUCCUGGGAGCUGAACAUCAGGCGCAUCCGGAUCAAGUCUGGGGAGACCCAGCGCAAGAUGGCUUUUUGUGUAGAAGAUCCUGAGAAAACCAGCAUAUCCCCUGGCCAGGAGCUCUGGUUUCACAAAUGUCAAGAUGGCUGGAGAGUGAAAAACCAAACCAGCCCAACGGUGAAGGUUCUCUGA